AUGCAGUGGCACCAUUCGACACUGGCAUCAGUGACGGUUGGGCUGAUCCUGCUGUGUGCCCAAUCCGUCAGGACGAUCGAGGUGCACGAGGACGUGCACGAAGAACCCCCGAUGGGGUUGGCACCCCAACCGGACACAAGCCCACCCACACCACCCCACAGGGUGGCACAUUCCAGUGGUCCGGUUAACGAACGCGAUGUAAACGACCCACCACCAGGAGGGGCUAGUGAUGGAAAUUUCACCGCAUUUCCCAGCAACCACCGGCCGCAUUCCGGGCACACGUCAUCACCAUUAGCGACGGAAGUGGUUACGCCGACCGCGAGGCCGGUUACGACCGCAAGCGUCACUUCCUACACCGGUGCACCGCCGGUGCAAUCGGCGGGACUUUCGUCGUACCGAGCCGCAACCGGUCCACUGGGACGUGCGACGGCCAGCAACACAGCGAUCGUAACCGAUCGAUCCGUACAACACCAACUAUCAGGCUACCGGAAACGCCAGCUGUACGCAAGUGCGGCUCCACGUCCGAACGCCACCGGAAGUGGUGCUUUCAGCAAAGCGUUCGUUCCUUCACCCGAAGUGGUGCCGUUUUUCUCCGAAGACAGUCCGCUUCCGGCCACGGGACCUGUCGAUGCAUCCUACCCGGCAGGUCCUUCGGAUGGGGGUGACUCACGGUGGUACGCCGGAACCGGAUUGCCAGGGCUUGGCUCCUCAAAGCCCCCCACAGGUGGUGGUUCCUCGGAGGAUACCGGCAGAUGGGAACAGAAGUACGUCUGGACGGGUCAACGAGGACAGCCAGUUAGUUUUCCGCAGGAACAGGCUCAAGUGCACUUCCCCACACCCAAGGGCAAGUGGAAAUGGGUGCCAGAGGGUGAGGAGGACACUCGCAAACCUCCCUCCGACACACCGUUCUCGUCCUCGGGCACACUCGAAGACCCACAGCAGGCGUUUUUCGGACAGCAGCCCUUCAUCUAUCGCACGCCUUCCCAAAACCAACCGUACUCGUUUGAUCGCGUCCCGAUCGAAGGCUCACCGCCCUUCAGCGUGGAGUCCACGAUCAUUAACGGCACUAGCAGCAGCAGUAGUACAACCACCGGCAGUAGCAGUAGCAGUGAGAGUACCGAAGGAAUCUCGGGUGGAUCAACAACGGUCAAACUCGCCGGGAAAGAGGACGCUCAUCUCAAGGGCAUUUCACCGUGGAAGAAAAUCAUUCACGUUCUGAGCGCAGCCAUCCCGAUUGGGCUGCUAAUUUCGGCCCUCACGCCACAGGUCGUCUACAUCAGCCCGAACGCCACGCAGCCCUCAAUUCAGCUGCAGACACCAACUCCGGUCAGUGGAUCGAGUCUGUCGGGUUCAGGACUUCGCCAACGCAGCCUUACAGCCUCCGAUCCGGCGGCUCUCGUGCAGUUGGUGCGCAAACUAAGUGCGCUCGAGGGCGCAAACGAACUGCCCCAAGGGCCACCGGACACGAACCUGAACCUCCUGAACACCUCGGACGGAGGUGAACUGCACGGGUGUGAUUGGGAGCUGCUCUGCCAACUCGCCCACCAAGGAAUGUCCGACUCGGCCGGAUCGGACCCGCUCCACCGGAUGCUGUGGAAGAUCGUGCGCGAGACUCCCGCCGAGUGGACGGGCCGGCUUGGGUUGGACGAGGUGUUCCGUUUGAUCCGGGCUGGGGAUUGUGGUCGAUUGCGGCACACCUGUGGUCAGGAUACGCGUGAAUCGGACGAGGAUCGCACCUGA